UUUUGAAAAUAAAUUAAGUUUGGUGCCACCAACAAACUGUUUGGAGAUCAAGAAAGAAAAGUUUGCAGCAGAGGUUUUUCAAGGAAUACAAGAACAAGUGUUGAUCACAUCUUCAAGAAGCGAAAAAUUGGGGGAACGUUUAUACAAUGUGGAAGCUGCUCUCCCUCUACUAGAAAAGGCUAUAUUGGCGCAAAGGAGCCAUUUACAUUUCACCUACACGUCUGGAUCACAGUGGCAUACUCGACUACCAACUGAACAAAAUCACUUCAUCUAUAGUGAUUUGCCACUGUGUAUAAUGGACUCCUAUGAAGGCUGUCACAAUCCUCCACGUUUGCAGAAGCUUGACAAAUUUGAUACCAAUGUCCGAGGAUCUUGCUCCAAGAGAUACUCAGAUCCAACUUAUUUCAGAAGAGCUUCAGCUGGGCCUCGUGGAACACACCUUCAAAGUGGACAAGGAGAAAAGAAGGCUCAAAGAAGCAAGAAAAAGAGAUCUUUAGCGAGGCAUAGAGACAUGACACAUGAUGCUCCCACAUUCAUGCAUGAUGGCGGAAUGGACUUACCCUCUCGAAACUAUACUGGGAAAACUUCCCAGUCUCUAGAUGUUCCUACAAUACAUGUUGCAUCAAAGUCUGGAACUGAACCUAAGGAGCCUAAAAUGGAAGAUCAUUUAACUUGUUUUGAUUCAAGAAAUGGGUCAGGCUUCAUAGAGUGUAUUUUCCAUCCAAGAUACUCAACACAGUCUGAAGAAAAUGAAACCAAGGAAAUGUCUUCUGAUUUGAAAGAGCAACAAAAUGCUUAUCUUGAUUUAGCUCCAUUCCAUGAAAAGAAUGAAGUUUCAGAUGAAACUGUUGAAAAUAGUAGUAAUUCACAAGAGGGUAGUGCACCAAGAUGGUCUUUCGUCACUUGGGAUGAAAAGUUGGAAAUUGUCGAGUCGACACAGAUAUUUUGUACAGAAAACAAACUAGAUGCCAAGGAGAGCGAAGAAUCGAGCACCAGAAUUGAUCUUAUUGACUUCGAUUUUCAUGAUGAUCACCUCGCACUAUCUGUCACUCCUAAUGAGAUUGAGGGUGAUAUGCAUUAUUACAUGGGUGCACUUAACAUCAUUGCAUCAGGAUCUGAAACUGAUGUGUGUUGCCAGACAAAGAGAGAAGUGAAGCAAUAUUCCGGUUUAAACAACGAGGAUGUAGACGAGAAACUUAAAGAAAGUAAUUUAGAUGACAGGUCAAUGAAUUUCGAAUUUCAUGUUCCAGAAUCUACUUACACAAGAGCUAUGUCUUGUAAACAAAUAUCCCAUGAAUCCCAUAUAAAAGCUCAAAGGAUCUCUAACUCAAAGUCAGAUUUAUUGGAAAAUAGUGAUGAGGUUGCUGGCACAUCUUUGAUUUCUCUUACUUGCACGGACAAUGAAUUAUUGUGUAGCUCUAGCCGCCUUGAUUCAUCAAGCGAACAGAUGCUAACCAAGAAACCCUCUGGUCCACAUACCAAUCCAAUAAUAUUUUGGACAAAUGGUGGCCUGUUGGGACUUGCACCUUCCAAACCUCCAGAUUUCGGUGCUGUUGAGGAUGAUAAACAGGUUGCAAGAGCAGAUAAUAGUUUAGAUCAUUUUUGUAAUGCUUCCAGUAUAACAAGAAGUGAUGGGCCAAUUGGUAAAUCAUUCGGAGAACAGUUUGGAGAUGGUUGUUCUCCCCCAGUUGAACAUAUGAGGAGGAUAUCGUUGGAGGCCAUGGCCAUGGAUGGUUGUAAACUGAAACUGAUGAUGUGUAAUUGGCAUGGAAGUAGUAGUGUAGACAUGUUUGAGUUGGCACAUGAUGAGUCAGAGACAGAUUCAGACAACACAUUCUAUAGAUAUCCAGAAUAUGCAUCAUCAGACGACUAUCAUUCGGAAUUAAAUUCUGAACAGUGGGAUUCUCCUACUGGAUGGAAUUAGCUUCCAUCAUCACUCCCUCUGUCCGUACACCUGAAUGUACUUGGAUAGCUUUCUCUAUGAAUUGAAUGCCAUGCAAAUAUAUCAUCCAAUUUAAUUAUGAUGACAUUUUGAAAUUGUUAGGAAGAAUAUUAAAACCUAUAGAUUUGAAAGUUGUAAUGAUAUUGUGGUUUGAUUGCUUUAAGUAAUUAGAUUUUAGAA